CCACUACGGCCUUAGUAAAAACUCCACUACACCGGCAAACACUUCGCUACAUUUGAUAAACAGCCGCUGAAGUCAAGCUCAACUUAGCCAAUGCACAAACCAUUGGUGAAAGCGCAAAUAAUCAACAAUUUAAUGAAGCAAAUUCACCACGACUGCUUAAAGCCGCACAACACCAACCCAACACAAAUUCAGCAACAGAAAACACACCAACAGCGGUAAAGCCAAAAGCACUCCACUACAACUACAACGAUCACCACACCACUAUGGCGACGACGACCAACGCAGGCACAUCGAUAACAACGACUACACCAACACCAACAACUAAGUCAGCUACAGUCGAUGACGACUAUGUGACUGUUGUUGAAGUAGACGAUCCCGCAUCCAAAGACACAAACCCCAGGCAGCUAGUCAAGCAGCAAAGGCAAAGCUCAGUCGAAGAAGACUCAUCGUAUAUAACUGUACUAACAAUCAACAAUCAAGCGGAGUUGCAUAGAAGCAGUAGUGGCGAAAAUAAAAGUGACGGAAGUAGUGUUAUGGUUGAAGGCGCCAGUAAUAGCGGCGAUGCAAAUGGUUUGGCGGAAGCACAUGCGGAUACAGAACUAUUGGUCGUGCAUCGCCAGCCUGGCGAACGUCUAGGUUUCGGCCUAAAGUUCCAAGGUGGCACACGCAGCGCCGAAAAGGUGCACAAACUCUACAUACAAUCCUGUGCCGCCGACAGUCCAGCCUCCAAAGUGCGCGCUAGCUGGGGCGCGCUACGCGAGGGCGACGAAAUUGUCAGCAUCGAUGCGCAACGCGUUUGUGAGCUGACGCGCAUCGAAUGCGUGCGCUGUUUGAAAGAUAAUGUGGCCAUAAAGCUGCAGGUACGCAAUGGCUAUGGACGCAAGCCAGAGACGGAAGAGGAGAUGCCAUUAGCUGGUGGCACCACUGUGGUGGAUGGUAUCAAUGGCGCGUCAGCGGGCACGCGUGUGCUGGCCAAUGACUCCGACGGCCCCACAGCUGUGAUUAUGGGUGUCAACGGACAAAGGAAGGGCAGUCCACCGCCACCACCACCAGUGCCGCCGCGUAAGUUGGUGAAGCGUAAGUCACUGAAUGGCGAAAGUAAAUUGGCAGUGCCUGCGGCGCCAACAACGGCGGCUGGCAAAAGCGCUGGCGCUGCGCCAGGCCUUACUAUAACAGCAGCGAGCACAUCGUCGCAGAGCAGCAGCGCCAGCAGCAGCGAGGUGGAUAAACCUUUCACACCGCCGCCGGAUGCUGAGUAUUACAUAAAUCUGUUCGCCGACGGCCAGUCACUGAAAACAGAGUCUGAAUCGGAUGACACUGCAAGCACAAUUUCGACAGUGAUUGAUAAAUUCUCCAUGAGCUCCAACUAUUCGUCCGAAUCAGACUUGUCCAGCUACACAUCGCUGACAAAUGGCCAGAGUGUGGUGAUUAAUAAAUCAGAGUUGGCUAAGGUACUCAAGCCAUUCACAAUGUUGGAGCAGGAAUUCAAUGUGAAUGUAAAUGGGAAUGCAGCGGUGCAGCUGGAGGAGUGUCUCAAGAAAGUUGUCGAGUCAACGGGGGAUGUCAUGCCUGAUUUGCUGGCGGGCACGAUGACAGCAUCACAGGUAAAGAAACCGAUGACAUUCAUACCAGGAAACAACUACGAGAAUGUCGAAUUUAAGACAGAGAAGGUGAACACUUACGAGAAUGUGGAGCUAAAGCCACAGUCACAGGGUGCGCCAAUUGUAAUUUUGCCAACACCGAAACCACGCCAAGCUGUAGCCGGCGCAGGCGGCUCACCAGGAGUUGAGCCUAAGAAACGUUCAAUCAUACCAACGCCGCGAAAGAUUGCCUCGCCCACUAAGCUACCCAUACAAGUUGCGCCACCGACGGUGCCUAGCGAGGCAUUGCAGGCAAAGUCACUAACUAAGGCUGCGUCAAAAGUGCCAACCACACCCACUACGCCCACUACGCCCACAACACCCACUACUCCGACAAAUAGUCCAAUAACGCCAGCAAAUACCCCGACCACGCCGUCAUACGAGUCCACGCAAACCGCUAAAGAAUUCAUCACAAAGAUACCAAAAGCUAUCGCCUCGGUAUUUGGCCCCAAUUCGCAACGCUCAUUCGAACGUGCCAAGACUGAGGGUGAAAUCAAGCUAAAGCAGUCGCCUGAGUUAUCGUCCAGCAUCAAACAACAGACCGCCAUGUUCUUGGAUAAAGAAUGCCACAGUUCCACGGAUAGUGUUGUGAGCGCUACGCGUAAGCCCGUAGCUGAGAAAUCGAAGUCUGUAGAAACAAGCAAGCUUUCGCCGCCUAAGUCACGCAUUCCCGUGGUACUUUCACCAAAACGCUCAUUCGAAAUGGACACGUCCAUGGAGCGAAAGCUUAAUAAUAGUCCGUCUAAUAUACCACGUUUCCUAACGCACAAGCAAAAGUCCGAAACGGACCUCAAACUUGGACUCUAUCGCAGCAAGUCGAAGGAGUCCAGUCCGCCGUUGAGUCUCAAAAUGCCGCUGCAGCGCACAAAUUCAGCAGAGUCGAAACUAAAGAGUCCUGAGCGCACACUCAUACCCGUUUUCAGUGGUCAGUCUGCAUCCGCGGAAGCCAUACUUGCCUCAACCGCAGCGAGCACGCCCACAAAGGCGAAAGGUCCUAAACCUAAACCACCAGAGCGUGUGCAGUCGCUAGGCAAGUCACCCACGCAUAUUCCUAAACUGCAAACGUCAACCGUAAGUGGUGGUGGUGGUACAGUUACGGUGACAGUGGCGGACCGAAAUACUGCUGCUACACAUACGACGCCACCGUCAUCGCGCAGCGAUACACCCACAAUGCAAACAUUCAAGCAGCAAUCGCCACCUGCCAGCGCGUCACCCAAUCGUGAGAUACGUUUCAAGAUACAAACCUACGAAAGUAAAACGCAAGAGCCACGCACACCAUUCACGGAUGUCAACGACAAUGAGGACGAUAAAAUGCCUAGUCUCUUCGACUUGGUACGCAAGCAUAGCCCGAAUGCGCAGCGGAAAGAUGAAUCGCCGCCAGUUCUGUCCUCAUUUAAAUCAUCUACUGUCAACCAAGAGCAGCAGCACAUUGAAAGUAAUGUCGAUGACGAAGACGUACCACCUGCUGUGGUGGGUAAAUGCAUUAAAGUGAGUGACUCACAACCCACUUAUUACUCAAGUUCGAGUGAAGAUGACGAAGAGGAUCUCAACGCCAUGCAUCAUGACGCUGAACGUGAUUAUGACUGCGAGGAUGGUGAAAAGUUGGGACCACCAGAGCUGAUAAAUGGCCCAGGACCCUCGGAAGCAUAUUUCAAUCUCUAUUGGCAUUCGAAUAUGCUGCCCACCAUUGGCGAGGUGGAGGAGGAAUUCUCCUCGCUAGAGCCGCAAUCUUUGCCAAAUGGUCCAAUCGUUAUUGUGGAUGAUUUGAGUCAACAGCAACAACCAAAACAGUUAGGAAAUAACGCUGAAGUAGAAAAGAUAGCAGAACCGAAAACGAAGGAAAUUGUAGCUGAGGUGAAGAAAGACUCAAACGCAACAAAAGGGAUAGAAAAGGUGGCAGACACGGGACCUCUGAAAGAUACUAAGGAGGUGAUAGACAAAGUAGUGUCCGAGCGUGCAGAAAAGUCUUUAGAGAGGAAGCGCGAAGAGGUCAUAAAGUCCGAGCCUGCUGAGAAGACCGUGAAAGCAACAAAAUUAGCUGGGACCAACGCCACCGAGUCCACUAGCACGAGCGCACAAAAAGAUCAGAAAACGCCUGCAAAAACUGGAACUUUCAGCGCCUCUAGCUCUCAACAGUCAGCGACCGGUAAAGCGAGAAAAUCGCAAUUUAUUGGCGUGCCCGUAUUGCCGCCGACAGUGCCCAAAAUGGAGAGUGGCCAGGUAAAAGCUGAGGAAACUACCAGCAGCGGUGACAAGGUGACAGCGCAGAAAGCGGCGCAUGCGAUAAAGGAAAUGAAUAGUGAAUUUGUGGCCUUGAAAGAGAAUGCAAGCGAGCUGGAUAAAGUUACAACAACAGCAAAGCAGGUGAAACCAAGUGAUAAGAUAACUGACACUGCCAACAAAGUGACAAUGGAGGUUAAUUUCCAGUCCACUGAUAGUAGAGUAGCGCAGAGGGAGUUGGAGCAGAAUGUAGUUGAUAUGCCUAAUGCCAAGGCUAAUUGGGCAGCAGACAAUGGGGACACAAAUAACGCAACGAUAAUGGUUAAUCAAGUGUCAAACAAUACGACUGUAAUGGCGGCGGUACCUAUUGAAACUAAGCAAACAGGUCAACAACAGGCAAAUGAGGAACAUAUUAACUCAUCCAAUAACACAAACGAAGCAGAGUCAAUAAGACUGGCGCAUAAAGUUGAAGGGGUUGAUACAUAUACCCAUAGUGAGUCCAAAAGCGAGACUGCAGCAGAGACCACGAAAUCGAGCAGCAAUAGCGCUGGUAGUUCGAGUAUGUCCAGCAAGACCAGCGAGACACAUACGGAGCAGACGGUGCAGAAAAAUGUGGAGGCAAAGACUGAGCACACGUCCGAGCUGAAAUCGGAACGUCAGACUACACAAAAAGUUACCACAACUACCACUAAAAAGCAGGUAAUCAAGUCCUCCACAUCUUCUACGCAACUGAUCGAGAAUAGCAGCUAUGACGCUUUGGACGGUUUACCGGAGGAGUUGCGCAAAACGCUUGAAGCUGGCGGUAAGGCUCAGACUAAUAAAACGACCAGCGCCACACCGAGCGCCGCACCCUUUACCUCCAACUUGUUGGAGCAUUUCAAUAAACCGGUUGCCUUUACGCUGCAACCCUAUGCGGAACGCGUCAGUAGCGCCGGUUCGCCACGCAUAACCGUAUUUGAAGAGCGUCAAUUCGAAACCAAACAAAAUGCUUACACCGAGAUACGCACACGCGAUGCGACGGGCGAAGAGAAGCUACAGACGAGCACGGAGAGCCAUAAGGAACGCGCCAAGCUGAAAAAGGUGCACAGCCAAGGCGAUGAUUUGGACCAGCUUGGUGUUGAAGGUCUUGCUGAGGAAAUGACAGCUGCUGACAAUUUAGAGCCGAUGACGGUCACCGCGAGCGCGGAGACGCGUAUAUCGGAAUUUGUCGAGAAUCCACAAGAUAAGCAAAGUAUUGAAAGGGGUAUUUUGAAUUUAUCGGAGAGUGGUAAGCAAUUGCAACGCAACGAAUCUGGCGGUGUGGAGUAUAUGGAGUGUGAGCACCAAGUGCAGGAUUCGUUUGAAGAUAUGGAACAGGUUUUGGGCGGCGGCAUUGUAGAAGGAGAUAAGGAGCCCACACUACUGCGUGAAUUGAGCGAAACACUGACUGUGACUAAGGAUGGUGACAAACAGGUGACGCGUCGCAGCGAAACUACGAAGGAGACACCGAAGAAGGGCGCUAAGCUGCUGAAGAAGUCCGAAGAUGAGCGGCGUUUGGAGCUGGAGGCGCAGAAGCUGAUCGAAAGCUACCAGAAGGUAAAGAAAGAGGCUGAAAAGUUAUUCCAGCACGAAUUUUGCGACGAGGAGGGUUUCGACUUUGGCGACGACAAGCAGAACAAAGCCGAAGCGGCCGCUGCAGUCACGGUGGAGGAAGUAAACGAACGGGGAGUGAAUGGAACAGAGAGUGGAGUAGAGAGUGAAAAUUUACCCGGUGUGCUUGUGGAAGAAAAGUUGGUGGUAGAGAGCGAGCUUGAUGAGAAAAUUAAGGAAGGUGGUAAAGCGCAUGAUCAACUCGCUGCGCCUGCUGAGAGUACAGUUGUAGAGCUUGAGACGCAUAAGCAAAUAGACGUGAAAGAGAGCAAGCUGACUGCUGAUCGAAGUAAGCUAGAUGCGUCACAGCUAACAGCCGGAUUUCUGGAAGGAGAACGUCGGUCCGUGGAAAAGGAAAAUGCGCUCAAGGAGCAACUAGUAACCUCUGCACAAAGCCAGCAGCAACAAGCAUCCUUACACGUAAGCGCGCCUCCAGACUUGCUUGAUAAUGAACCGUUUUACGUGCUGCAUAAAAAUAUUAUUGAAGAACCCAAAUCUGAGGCGUUGCAUACGGAAUUUGACGGCAAACCCAUUCCGCCCGUCGUUAGUAAAGUUAUAGCAAUUGAAGAGGCGAUAAAACCGAUUGUCGUGGAAGUCAAGUCACCGCAACACAUACAACAAUUCGAAACCGUGGAAAUAAAAAUUGAGAAAAAAUUGCCUGCAUCUAUCAACGAAGUGACGGCCAACGAAAAAGUCACAAUCCAGGCUACAAAGCCAACGUCACCACCCAUCCCACAAAAACGUGAGCACAAAUCUUCAGAGGGCACGAUUGCCACCACUGUCUCAACCACACCCACUUCAACAUUAGCACCAACACCGAAAAAACGCGGCUCCAUAGACCUGCACACAGCUAACUUUGGUGGCGACCACACACCGUGUGCGAACUCCCAACUGCAAACGUCUAAAUUAGAAAUCCCAAUUAACACACCGAAUUUACAACAAAACUGCGAGCGAAUGCAACAGCCAACUAAAUCAGCACAAUCAGCAUCCGUCCCCGCAGCCCGCAGCGAGUCGCAACAACAUAAGCUAGAGCGUAUUAUUGUUGGCGUAGAACAACAGCAAUACGACGACACAAACAACGUCAAGCAGCCGACAAUUAUUACCUUUGCCAGCGAAAAUCUGCCAACGGAAAUGGCGGUCAGCUCACCAACCAAACAAGUUGUCUCGAAUGUGGUAAGCGGCAGUGGUAGUAGCAGUGGUACAAUUGCAGCCGAGUUGCAUUUGGAGACCAUUAAUUUGCCAAAUGAGCCACAAAAUACAUCCCCAUCCACAACAACGGAGAAAUUGAGGAAAUCAGAGCGCGUUGGCGAUGGCAUGCAAAUGCCAAAGACAACAACAUUAGCAGCAGGAACAGCAACAACAACUGCGUCUAUGACAUUUAUGUCAACAUCAUCUUCUGCGGAUUCGGUGCAAAGUGUCAUUGAAGUAGGUGGCAUUGUGGAAUCACCAUCGGAGGAUGAAGUGAGCCGCGGCGUGUCGAGGAAUGCGAGUGAAGAAGAUCUUGACCAAACUCACUUGAGUAGCAAAGACAAAAUGGAGAACGGCAUACAGGUGGUGCCGCAAACACCGUUACUCGUCAGCGACUAUCUCACACUCAGCUCACCACCCACAUAUUCACGCCUGCCACCCGACGGCCAUGAGUUUCCGCCCAAUUUCAGUGAACCACUAAUAAUGCCCCCGCCCAGCACAAAUCUAUUGAAGGCUGCAAGCCUAAUGCAGUCCACCACCACCACCAUGACGAUGUCCAGCACAAAGGGCAACAACACAAACACAAAUACCGUGUACACAGAAAAACUCUUUACGACAGCUAGCGCCAGUGGUGGCCAAACUCUGGUAGCUAGUACACGCACAACACAUAAACACAUUAGUAGCAAUGGCGCUAACAACACAACAGCCGGGGCAACGACUGUCACGUCAUCCUCACCGGCAAACGGUACACUGAAUAUCGACAGCAGUAAGGUGGAUGUGCCCAUACUGGAAUUUACCAUCAGUAGCAACAGCAGUGACAGUAAAGUAGGUGAUAGCACAGAAGCAACUGUACCACCACCGCUACCCAAAUCUGGUCCACCACCAACUGUGCCGCGCAAGACAUACCGCCAGGAUCUCGUAGUAAAGGUGGAGGAUGCGCGUCAUGCGUCCGAUAAACGCACGGAUGUGCUUGCUGAAGCCACUACCCCUUCGGGUGCUGGUAGUGGCAAAUUAGUAUUCGAGUCACGUCACAGCCGUUCGACACAGACUUCGUCGAGCGGUAGUAGCACACCAACAGCCAACAAACUGGAACCACCCUCGUUUGAAGUGGGUGGUACUGGCACAGGCACCGGCAGCGACUACAAGCGUUCGUUGAGUGCACCACGUCGGCACAGCGACUGAAAGGAUGAGAAAUCGGAGAAGAGCGUGCGCGAUAAGAUCGCUAUGUUCUCAAACGACGCCGAGAGCAGUGGUGCGGAGACACCAGUGAAACCUCUGAGUUUUUCGCGCACGCAGAGCGCUACCAAACCACUCAAUCUGAGCACUGAGAAUUUGCUUGAUACAGCAACGAGCGCGCGCUAUGUCACAACAGCCUCCAAUCUGACGAAGACCCGUGCUAUGAGCGUGGAGAAUCUCAACGAUGUGGCACGUCAAGUGCAGCUGGCUAAACAGUUACCUACGCAAAACUUUUCAGAUUCCAUGUACGCGCUGAAUACGCUGGCUACAGACUACACACAGAGCUAUGCGUCAUUGCCGCGGCGCCACAUGCAACACUUGGAGCGCCGCAUUAGCUUUUCGGGACAGCCAAACUACAUGCCAGACGAGGCAUCGCGCAAGGCGGCCAUAACAAAUAUACUGGAGCAACGACGCCGCAGCAUGUCCAAACUGCGUGGAUUGGUUAUACCAGAGCGUCCGCAUGUGCCGCUUGAACCCAUACUCGAUCUCCCGGAGAUCAAAAGUCGUGAUAGUGAAAAGUUGAAGUCAGGCAAUACGUCGUCCACAGAUUCGACGGACAGCGGCGUUGGCUCUAGUAGUGGCUACUUUUCCACCGUGCCUCGUCCCGCCAAACGCACUGAUAUAAUGCACAACUCACCGCUGCGUCCACUCACCGUAGCUACUACAAGCAACUCGACCAACAUGUCUGCCAAUAAUAGCUACCGUAGCAUUUUUUCCGCACAAACUGCCGCACCGCGGCAUGCCACAACGGUGCAGUCCCCACUCGCCAUGCCACACCAGCCACGCCGCUUUGAGCCAGUGCUAAAUAGCACACCGCCUGCCAAACCGCCACGCACCUCACUCAGCGUGCCACCGCGCCAACACGCUAUGCACGAAGAGAGCGACUCGGAUUCUGUUUUCUCCUCGAAAGUGUCCUCGCCACCUAUGUCUCCCUGCGUGCCGCAGGUACCUGAGAAGUUUGCGCUUACACGCACGCUCUCGUCGGAAACGAACACAUCUAUAGCCAGUUCAACGACUUCCACGCUCACAUCUGGCUCGGGUUCGCAGGCUAGCUGCUCAUCGGUGGGCAGCACUCCCACAGUUGAUCUGUCGCGUCGCGUGCUCAAGUCCGGUUCCAGUGAUUCAGCCACGAAUCGCAAGAACAUAUUAGCUUCGGCAAAGUGUCGCAAUGGCCGCGGCGAUGCUUCAGCGCUGCUGCGUAAUCGCCCUUACGACGAUGAGGACAGCACCGACGGUUAUGAUGAAGAUGAAGUGCGUCGCGUACACAAGUCUAAACCGCGUUCUACAUCGGGUGCAUCGCUGGUCGUAAUGCCCAGCAAAGCAGUACCAGCCUCAGCGCCAAUCAACUACAAGCUAGUAUCCAAGAACGAGCAAAGCCUCGUGGAU